GAUGAGACAAGUGAAGGAACGACUCCAGGCCGGAGACGGCCCUCAGGGUUGUAAACGCGGGAUUGAGACGCUGCGGGUAGAUGACCCGCCUUGCGCAAGGGCCUGGGCGGGAGGGCCUGCGCCUGCGCGAGCGAGACUCUGGCUAGAACCUCCCACUGCACAGGUGGAGUUUGGGCGACUGCGCACGCGCGGCUGGUUAUAAACAACUUGUGAAAUGAGUGAUUUGGAAGAUGAUGAGACACCCCAGCUUUCUGCCCAUGCCUUAGCAGCUCUCCAGGAAUUUUAUGCUGAGCAAAAGCAACAAAUUGAGCCAGGCGAGGAUGAUAAAUACAACAUUGGAAUAAUAGAAGAGAAUUGGCAACUGAGCCAGUUUUGGUACAGUCAGGAAACUGCUCUGCGACUUGCACAGGAGGCAAUUGCAGCUGUAGGAGAAGGUGGCAGAAUCGCAUGCGUGAGUGCCCCUAGUGUUUACCAGAAACUCAGAGAGCUGUGCAGAGAAAACUUUUCUAUAUACAUCUUUGAAUAUGACAAAAGAUUUGCCAUGUAUGGAGAGGAGUUUAUUUUCUAUGAUUACAAUAAUCCAUUGGACUUACCUGAAAGAAUUGCUGCACAUAGUUUUGACAUCGUAAUAGCAGAUCCUCCCUAUCUUUCGGAGGAAUGUCUCAGAAAAACAUCAGAAACCAUCAAGUACCUGACGCGGGGCAAGAUUCUGCUGUGCACAGGUCUGGGCUCCUCACCAGGAGCACAAACCAGCCACGGAGUCGCAGGAGCUCUGAAAAUCCAUCCAGAUCUCUGCAGAGCCUCUUCUGGAAGCCCCAGAGCCUUUAAGAGCAAACGGUGCCCUUCAACCAAUGCCCUUGUAACAUCAGAGAUUUCAUUAAACCUGGAGGUCGAAUUCAUUUCGGAGUUCAAUGAUAUGUCCAAAGAAUCAGGGAAGCAUCUUGCUCACUGGGAGAUAAAGGGUGAACCUCUCAUCUGCUGCUGUCUCCCCGCAAGUGCCAGCAAGAAGCUGGGUGUGAUGAUGAAGAAAGAUGGCAGCCAUCACCAAGACCCCACAAGCCAAGCCAUGGUCCCCUCCCUGAGGGCACAGUCCUUUCAUGAAGCCAUAAAAGACUGAGACCACAGCUCAGACCUGAGCACUCAGGGUUACCUACUGGGGUCGUGUAAUAUUCCUGAUGUGAUUUCUGCCAAAACCCAAACUGGUUGUUUUUUGUUUUUUUUUUCUGUUUGUUUGUUUGUUUUUGAGACAGAGUCUCACUCUGUUGGCCAGGCUGGAGUGUAGUGGCAUGAUCUCGGCUCACUGCAACCUCCACCUCCUGGGCUCAAGUGAUUCUUCUGCCUCAGCCUCCCAAGUAGCUGGGACUACAGGCGUGUGCCACUAUGCCCGGCUAAUUUUUGCAUCUUUUUAGUAGAGACAGAUUUCACCACAUUGGCCAGGCUGGUCUCUAGUGAUCCACCUGCCUCAGCCUCCCAAAGGGCUGGGAUUACAGGGGUGAGCCACUGCGCCCAGCCCUAAACUGACUCUUGACCAAAGAAUCUGAUUUGGCAAACCAAAUCUUAGUGCAGUGUUCGCUCCUUCUCCCCUUACCCAGAACAUGAUUCAGAUCCUAACAUAAACACAAAAACAGGUCAGGGACCAAAACGCCGUGGUCUUGUCUAUUAUGCAAAAUAUUGAGAUAAUGUUCAUGAUUCAUUCUGUUUUCAGCAAUUGUGUCCAUUUUGAAGCUUCUCUCGAAGCUUCGAAACACUGCAUUUUUUCAUACUAAAUAUCAAAAUGUGUCACACAGGCAUCACCAGUGGGAACUUUGUUUUUAAACAUUUAGAAAUAAAACAGUUUUUGACCCAUAAGCCAGUCCUAAUGCAUAGGGUAAUGGGGAUCGAGGCUAAACACAUACACAACUACAAAAUAUUCCCUAGAAAAAUGCAAGAUCCUCAGAAAAUCAAGAUCUCCCUACCAAACAACCUACCAAGUCAUGGCAGAAGAGGUGAAGACUCCUCUCAAAAGGUAAGUGCCAUAGAAAUAGAGCUUGAAAUACUGAACAUGAUUUCUCGAAGAUCCUUUUUGUUACCCCAAGAGAAGUGGAGGCAGAGGAGAGAGAGAGAGCAGUUUCCCUUCCCUCUGGAUCCAGGUGGAUGCCAACUCUGACACGCAGGGCAGAGCACCAGGCUGCAGGAAUUGGAUGCAAAUUGCAAUCGCUUUUCACUUUGGAACGUUUGCCAGGAACUUGCGAACCAUUAAGGGGAUGACUGGGAAACUGGAUCCAUCUCUGUGGCUGGGGAUGUUUCUGAAUGAUUCUCACAGGCUCCUUGUCUGCUCAGUGACCCUGCUGGUCCUAUGCGUAUCUGAGCCGGGGAAUUAAAACGGCCAGUCUGACAUUCUCAAGCGCCGCCCUGGACACCCCCCACUGCCAGCCCAUGGUCUACAGCCACAGCGAUCCCAGCUUUCCAGACAGGGUCCUGAAUGUUAUCUGGAAUGCAGACACAAGUGUUUUGAGAUAUACCGUUUAGGGAAUAAUUCCACAUGGAAAGGUAUAACGUGGCCAAAAUCUCGGCAGGGACCUGGCCCUCAGAUGACAGUUUCCAGGAGGAAAGAGCAUGGGACACUAGUGUCUGUUUAGGUUUGCCCAGAGCCCACAGCCAUCUGUGCUGCAGGCAAUGCAUCCUCCUGCCGCUCAUGGGGGGCCGGGAAUCCCGGUGCUUCUGACGAAGAGUUAUGCACCAUUCCCUCGGCUGGGUUGUACAUUCACUGGAUGUCAGAAGUUUCUGAAACUGCUGUGGGGGCAGGGGAAGGAGUCGCAGAACAGUCUGGUCCUGUCCUCUGGACUCUACAAGUCAUAGCGGUUCAAACUACGAGUUUGGGUAGCUCUGCCAGCUGUACUGGAAGUGGUCUGUUAAGAUAUUAUUGGAGCCAUGAUAGUCCCCAUGCUGGGGGAAGAGGAGGCCAUUGGUGGGGCUUCUCCAGCGGGCUCUGGUGAUGCUCCUUGCUGCUCAGGUCCACUGUGGUGCCAGCAGGAGGUGCUUCCUGACUUGCUGGUUUGCAUCUUACUUGGUCUUGUUGUAGAGGAAGACCCCGAGGAUGGCAGUUAUUAUGCCCAGGACAUUGGUGCUGGUGACUGCAUUGGGCAGCAUGAUCAGGGACACUGUGAUGACCAUGAUUCUCCUGGUGGCAUUGACGACCGAAUAGCUCAGGGAGCUGACGAGGUUGAGGAUGCUAAAGGCGAUGACAUUCUGGGCAAAGUUACAGAAGCCACUGACAGCCAGAAGCAGGAGCAUCCAGGGCCACUGGGAGACGUAGUCAAGUCGCUGCUGACCAGGAAAGCUGAGAGGUCCACCAGAACCCAGGUGGGGAUCAUAAAAAAGACAGCGUCGCAGCCCAAGAUGUUGAGCAGCGGGAGAUGGUGGAUCCACAAAUCUCUCAAUAUCUUUUUGGAGAAAAUGUUCUGAAGCAAGAAGCACAGCGUGGCAGCCUCCCCACAGGUCGAAAGACAACUUGGUGACCGUGGCCAUCAGGAUGCCGCUGAUGAUGGGGAUGAGUGACAAGUAUACCUUGGUGCUCUGCUUCUCCUUUAUAAUGAUCUGGGACAGGAGGACCACCCAAAUGGGCAUGGUGACCUUGAUGGUGUGUGCAUAGGACAUGGGCACCUUCCAAAAGCUGACGUGCACUGACAGGGAUGUGAAGUACUUGCCGAAGGCGACUGGCAGCACGCAGUGAGGGCAAAAGUGCGGUGGCAGCAGCGGGCCAGGCAACGGAUGCAGACUGGGCCCGGGGCCUGAGAUGGGUGGCACAGGGGGCACGCGCCAAGUGUGCAGCAGCGGCAGGAGCCCCGCGUACAGCACCAGGAUGUGGCACAAGAACACGGUCACCGGGAACGGGAAGGCGCUCAGGAUCACCUUGUUGACCACGCUGCCCACUGCAGCCGCCACCAUCCUGCCCAAGUGGCCGCCCCUUCCCGCCCCUGAUAUAAAUUCUUGACAGAAUUCUCCAGUAAAACCCAUCUGGGCCUAGAGAUAGGUUUCUUUUUUCAGAGUUUUAAAAGUAUCAUUCAAUGUCCUUAAGAUUUAUAGGGCUAUUCAAACUAUCUAUUUUAUUUAUUUAUUUAUUUUAUUUUUUGAGACAGAGUCCCGCUCUGUCACCCAGCCUGGAGGGCAGUGGCGCUAUCUCGGCACUCACUACAACCUCUGCCUCCUGGGUUCAAGCACUUCUCCUGUCCCAGCCUCCUGAAUAGCUGGGACUACACGCACACGCCACCAUGCCUGGCUAAUUUUUGUAUUUUUAGUAGAGAUGGGGUUUCACCAUAUUGGUCAGGCUGGUCUCGAACUUUUGACCUCAGGUUAUCUACCCAGCUCAGCCUCCCAAAGUGCUGGGACUACAGGCGUGAGCCACCGUGCCCAGCAAACAAUGAUUCUUAAUGAACACUUGGACAUUUCUGAAUUAUGAGACCCUGGAUUUUAAGUAUUCUGUUUUAGCUGGCUUUCUGGAUACCACUCCAGCAGAGGAAGGAGACACUCAACCUUACCACUGCCAGGUGAAGGUGGAAAUCCAGCCCCUGCCACAUGGCCUUCGUUGACACCCAGAAUAGGCAGAGGAGUCCUUGCAUCUGUUGGGCAGGGUGGGAGUUCUUGCUUCCCAAAUAGUCCAUCCUACUAACAUCAUGAUGGGAGAGCUUUGUUACAACUGGGUGACAGGUAAAGCCCUGAUGCUCCACUAAGCCUCCUCUGACACUACCCAAGGAGAAAGGGUUGAGGGAUGCUUCAGUACUGCUGGGUAGGGGUGGAAUUCCAGGGUCCCCACAUGUCAUCCACUGACAUCAGAGGAAUGGAACAGCCUUUAGGGAUUAAAGUCUUAGCUCCCACUUGGCCUUUUCUGACACCACCCCAGUUGUACUUUUAAUUCCACCCUCAAUCUCCAGCGAAGGGAGAAAGGCUGCAGACUGGGUUCAAUCACCAAUGGCCAGUGAUAAAAAUCAAUCAUGCCUACAUCAUGAAACCUCCAUAUAAACCCUAAAUGACACAGUUCAGAGAGUUUCCAGGUUGAUGAAUACACUGAAGUGCUGGGAGGGUGGUGUACCCAGAAAGUGCAUAGAAGCUCUGCACUACUUCCCCCAUAUUCUGCCCUAUGCGGCUCUUCCAUCUGGUUGUCUCUGAGUUGUAUCCUUUAUAAUAAAGUGGUAAGUAUAAAUAAAGUA